ACUACGUAACCUCACCCUCCAUCUUUAACUUUCACUUUUGUUUUCUGUGGAAGACUGUGGUGUCCGACAGCUCGAACGUCCUCUCUAAUUUCGUUCUCGUUCGUCGGGUCAUGGCUGACGUCUUCGAUAACUCGACGAAUGGCCAGGUGGACGGUGGUCUGGAUGAGGACCGACUCGAGGAGGCCUUGAAAGAUCUGGAGACAUGGAAGACUAAAGUAGAGAAAGCUGAUGAUGUGAAGGCCAGGCUGGUGUUGGAAAAACUGGAAGAAGAUGACAUCAAGACGAAAGCCAAGCAGGAGAUGAUGGCCUGUAUCACAAAGCAAGAGGAGUAUCAGAAGGAAUUCACUGAAAGCCUUCAAGCAGUGAAGGAAAAAAUUCUGGAGCUUGGUAAACGGCGACAGGAUUUGCUGGACAAACUGAAGAGAUAUCAAGCACAACUGGAGGCUAAACAGGCAGAGACCACCAAACUGAAGCAGAAAUUUAAGAUCUACGUCCAGAUUCCAGACACAGAAGUGAAGUUCACGGGUCAUAUUGUCGAGGAGAGGGAGGAUGACAGUCAGCCAAUCAGAGGAGUGUUUGCCAUCAGCCAAAGACCCACUGUGAUUCUGCAGGGGGGACAGGCACUCAUCACGUUUGAAGAGGAGAAAGUGGCUUCUCAGAUCCUGAAGAUUGCCACGUGCUCUGUGUCCUGUGACAACAGUCGUUUGGAUGUGAAACCAAAAAGAAUUAUGAUGGAUCCUUCUGUUAAGCUUGAGGUCCAUCUUGAUGUUUCCAGAAAGGGUCUUUGCGUUUCCAACGUUCCCCCUUCUAUGCCUGAGGAGAGAAUGAAAGACCGACUGGAAAUGAGUUUCUCCAGGCCAAGCAGAGGAGGAGGAGAGGUCAAGAGCGUGCAGUACAAUAAGAACACUGGGACAGGACAGAUCACUUUUCUCCUCCCUGGAGUUGCUGAGAGCCUUGCUCUGAGAGGAAAGUACUGUGUGGAUCUGGACUCUGAAGUGAAUGUGCAGGUUGGACCCAUUUACAAAUACCAGCUGCGCAAGUUUCAGACCUUCUGUGGCUCUUCAAUGCGAACCAUCCUCCUGGAUGACAUCAAGGACAUGGGCGAUGAGGAAGACGUGCAGGACUAUCUGGAAAUCCACUUCCAGAAGCCCAGUAACUACGGCGGCGAGAUAGAGUGUAUCAAGUACAUCUCCAGAGGGAAAGCUCUGCAGGCCGUCUUCUGUGAGGACAUGGUGGAGACGGACAACUGACUUUAACCAGCACGAUACUGGACAAAAAGCCUAUUCAGUAUCAUCACUGUAGGAUACUGGAGAAAUGUCUUCUUCUAUGCUUUGAGAAUUUUAGAAUUAGGGUUAACCCUCAAAUAUUAAAAUCUUAAAUGAUUCAUCCAUCAUGUGACUUUGUUAUCUGACAUUAGAAAAAUAAGAAAGGAAGAAUAUCUUCUGUAAGAGAUUGUACUAUAAUCUUCACCACAUUGUCCUUGGGCACUUUGUUUUCUGUGUGAUAGCCACAACUCUAUGGAAUAAUUAUGUAUUCUAUUUACUUCACUUGUUUGGUACUCAAUCAUCCUUGCAUAUAUAUAGCCUGGAUUAUAUGGCUAACAAGUAAAAUGCAUCAAAUAGUAACAUCUUUGUUUCAUAUUGCUUAUUGCUUACAAAUAAAAAAAAAUCUCUAUGAG